GUCGUGUGUUCGAGCCCUUUUCCUUUAUCCUCCCCGUGCCUAUACUAGUUUCCUUUCCGACUUUUAAAGUAUCCUCUGUCUGGUAGCCCGUCCUGGAUCCUUCACAUUGCGCUGUAUAAACCGAGUUGAUUUCGCCCCCGUUUUCGUCCUCGUGGUUGAGUUCCGCCCUGACUGCCGCCGUGAUUGUGUCGCCGCCACGUGUUGCUGAGAGUCGCCGCCGCCGAAGAUAAUAUAAAGUAAAAUCAAUUCAACUCUUUCUUGACAACGAACCGGCUAUUUUUAUUGUUAAUUCACCACAUAGUCCUCCGCUGGCCGGAUCAAGAUUUGCUGUUGGUUGUUCUUUGCUUUGAUUUUGAUUGAUAUUUUUGAUUUUGAGAUUGAGACUGUGCCUUCAAGAUUUGAGUGUUCUGUCAAGAGCUGUGAUGGAGGAAAGUGAACUGCGCCAGAAGCGAACCUUAGCCAGAGUCCUGUGUCCCAGAGACGUGGAAGCUGCAGUGGAUGAGAGCGCAGAGUGGUGUCUCCGAGAACCUCCCAGACUUCCUGCAGUUUCUGCAGAAGGAGGUGCAGAUGAGAGAGGAUGCAGCUGCACAAGGGACACCAGCCGCCAGCCCAGCUGUUCACCAGAGUCAGCCGUCCCAGCCGAGAUCAGCGAGGUCAGCCACCAGUGUCCUCAGGAUACAAGGACAGUCAGACGCCAACGUGGACAGGGAGAGCACCUGUUGAGCUGCCGCCUGGAGGUGAAGUGACUGGGCACGCCUCUGCCGUCGGCCCGUCCGUCCAGUCGCCCAGCGCAGCUGCCGUCCAGCCGCCCUGCCAAGCCACCAGCCCUGGUGAGGGUAAGCGCCUUUACAAUGUGAAUGCUCAGAGCAGCUGCUUUGUUCAGACCGUGUUGGUAGAGGUCAGUGGACCGGGAGGUGUGUGCCAGGUGCGCGCACUCAUCGAUGGAGGCUCUGACUCUUCGUUUAUCAGGUCGUCUCUAGCAGAGAAGUUGGGCCUGGAGACUGAGGAGCAGGGAGUCUUCGCCUGCGUCGGGUUCAUGGAGAGGACUGAGGAGGCCAGAGUGUACGACCGAGUGUCAGCUAAGUUGACUGGCAGACAAGGAGGUGAGGCCACACUGUCUUUUUGGAAAACUGAUCGCCUGUGUGUACCUGUUGGGACGUACAGCCUGCCUGAGAACCUGUCGCUGCCCCCAAGUGUCGUGCUCGCUGACGACUACCGUGAGGGGCCUGUGGAUCUGUUGAUCGGGUGUGAUCAGAUCUACCAGGUUGUGAUGUGGGACCAAGUGGAGGUUGGGCCCGGACUGCGCCUGAUUGAGACGGUGUUUGGUCAUAUUCUCCAUGGGCAGGCACAGAACCAGCAGACUGAACAGAGGCGCGUCUACCGCUGUCAGCUGGCCGACGUGGAGAGGAUGUGGAGCCUGGACGCCGUGGGAAUCUCGGCGAAGGAGACUGCAGACGAGGUGCCACCUGAGCCGACCUGGAACCCAGAGGAGCAGCGUUACGAGAUGGGUCUGCUCUGGAAGUCGGACAGCAGGCCGGCCUCCAACCUGACGUCUACGGAGCUACGCACCCGACGUCUGGUCUCCAAGAUGAGUACCGACGAGCUCGACAGGUAUGAUCGUCAUAUCUCAGAGUUGAUUGCGAACGGUGUGGUUGAGGAUGCUCCUCUCACGGAUGACCCUGAUGACGCCUUCUUCCUGCCGCACCGGGGUGUUGUCCGUGGUGAUAAACUGAGAGUGGUCUUCGACGGGUCCGCUCCUGAUGCCACUGGGAGGAGCCUAAAUGAGUACCUGAGCCCGGGGGAGAACCUGUUGAGCCGUCUUCCCUCUGUCUUGCUGAACUUCCGCACCAAUGCUGUUGGUUGUCAGGCAGACAUUCGAGCCGCCUUCCACCAGAUCGUCCUGAAGGAGGAGGACAGGCGCUACGUGCAGUUCCUGUGGGGAGACCGCCACCUGCGCUUUCAGAGGGUCCCGUACGGCGUAUCCUGUUCGCCGUACAUGCUGUUGCGCCCUGUGUGCUGCCAUGUCCGCCAGUGCCUUGUCUCCCAGCCGGAGCUGAUGCAGAAGGUGCAGGGAGCGCUCUACAUGGACGACCUGUGCCCGACGUUCGGCACCAGAGAACAGGCAGCUACUGGGAUGAAGGAAGUCAGCAGCGUCUUCAGCAAGGCCAGGAUGGAGCUGCACAAGACCCGCACCACAGGUGAUGUGUCCUCCGAGGACUCAAAAGUGUUGGGUCUGGCGUGGAACACGGAGACUGACCGACUGGCUGUGACCGUGCCUGAGAUGUUGUGUCCUCGCACCAGGAGUGAGCUUCUGUCCGCAGUGGCAAAGCCGUUUGACCCGUUACCCCUGCUCACCCCAUGGCUGGUCAGAGGAAAGGCCCUGUUCCAGCGGACCUGGUCGGUGGAGCUGACGUGGGACGAGCCGCUGCCCGAUGCGCUGCAAGCAGAGGUCGCCGCCUGGUGGCAAGAUUCUUCCCGCAGCACUGUCUCCUUCCCGCGUGCUGCGAUGAUCGGUGAGACCAGUCUGGGCACGCAUGUCUUCUGUGGUGCCUCCAAGACUGCCUACUGUGCCACUGUGUACGUCUCGCAGGGUGGGGAGUCUGAUUGUCAAGUUGUCCGUGACAAUGCCCUUGAUCUUGUCAGUCAUGCGCCGCGGUCAGUCAAGUGGAGCUUCAUCCCCGAGGCCGCCCCGUGGUGGGGCGGGUUCUGGGAACGGCUCGUCGGUGUGACCAAGAGCGCCCUGAAGAUAACGUUGCACCAGUGCCACCUGUCGUAUGAUGAACUGGCUGUGACGCUGUAUGAACUUGCGUCUCAUCUCAACCUGAGGCCCCUGACCCCUGGUGAUGGAGAUGAUCUACUUACCCCGGCUCACCUGUUGUUUGGGGUUACCACCAUCUCCGGUGUGGUCUGUCCCAGUCUUGACUCUGACUCCCAUGUGGGCAGGACCUGGCGUAACCGGCGCCGUGUGAGUGACCGUCUCGUCCGUCGGUGGACGACCGAGUACCUCGAGACGCUGAGAGGCUGGGCCGCGUCACCGCGCGGCCGCCCCACUCGCCUGCCCGCGGUCGGCGAGGUCGUCCUGCUGCAGGGCGAAGGACGCCGGGGCACGUGGCCCCUCGCCCGGGUGGUGUCGCUCAUCCCGGGACCGGACGGCCGCUGCCGAGCGGCUUUUCUCCGUGUGCGCGGCAAAAUAACGCGGCGGCCAAUCUCCCGGCUCUUCAGUCUGGAGGCCGCCGAGUAAGACUCUCGUCCGCGCGCCUGACGGUGUGUGCGCGGAAUGGCGACUGAGCUGUGCCCGAGUGCCGAGUUGUGAGCUCGGAAUGGCGACUGACGUGCCCGAGUGCCGAGUUGUGCGCGCGUCAGAACUAGAGGACCGUUUCUGUGUGUGCUGAUUGCACUUGGUUGUACUCAAUGUGUCGCGAAGUGUCGAGACUAGUUUGAGCGCUGUCAUUUGUUUCGUGCGUCUGUCUGCGCACUCGUACCGUCGCAAAGCGCCGAGCUGGCUGCUCGCGGUCCGCCCUGUGUUGCCGACGCUUGAGCAUUGGCUUUUGCGAAGUAACCCGAGUUACUUCGGGUGGGGAGUAUGUCGUGUGUUCGAGCCCUUUUCCUUUAUCCUCCCCGUGCCUAUACUAGUUUCCUUUCCGACUUUUAAAGUAUCCUCUGUCUGGUAGCCCGUCCUGGAUCCUUCACAUUGCGCUGUAUAAACAGAGUUGAUUUCGCCCCCGUUUUCGUCCUCGUGGUUGAGUUCCGCCCUGACUGCCGCCGUGAUUGUGUCGCCGCCACGUGUUGAGAGUGUUGAGAGUCGCCGCCGCCGAAGAUAAUAUAAAGUAAAA